UGUGCAUAAUACUUUGAUAUUUUGCAUGCAAGGCCUUGACAAUGGAGCUGUUAAAUCAUGGCUCAUGCAGCCAGGACUACUGACCAUUGUGUGGAAGGUAGUGACAAAGUCUGUUAAUAGGAAGCAAUGAAUGAUACAAUCAUAGCAACCAUGCCUACCUAAAUAUUAGUUUUCACGCUCUUACUUCCUGUGUUGCCAUGGAGAGAUAUUAUGAUAUCUGUUUACCUCCCCCACAUUUACAUGCUAAACAAAAUGGUGCCAGGAGUAUAAAAGAAUCAUUCUAAACUCAUCAUGCAUCAAGUAAACUCUCUUCUCCUUAAGAAAAAUACAGAGGAAUCUUUCAAUAUACUCCAUUACUAUAGAAGUUAUAUCAACAUGUUCCACACUAGUUUGCUAUAUUCAGCUCUCACUGCAUUCGCCGUUAUGCAGCUAGCAUCUGCUUCACCAUUACAGAAGUGUUACAAUACUGGCACCAAGGAAGUAUUAUACUAUGGUGUUCAAGUUGCUGAUGUAUUGCUGACACAAAAGUUGUACAAUCAAAUGAAUGACAAUUAUGAAGCUAAGAAAUACAAUGUUGAGACUUUGUUGCUUAACAUAGCAAAAUUGGAGCAAUAUCGUGGCAAACUUCAUCAAGGCAACACAAACCCAUUGGCUAUCAAAACAGUGAAUGAACUAAUCAAUAUGGCAAUUGAUUCAGCCUGUAAAAUGAUAAGAAAUGAUAUACUCGUUGUUGGCAAUGCCAAUUUUUCUUGCACUCCAAGUGAAUUCCAACAAAUGAGAUUGAUGUUAACAGCACACUCAGAUCUAAAGGCAGUGAUCCAUAAAGCUAAGGACAUAGUGGGAGACUUAGGAAAUUUGGAGGCAUGUUACUGCUGGAAAAAAGAUCAAAUGAAAAAGGACAGCAAAGUGUCACAAGUUAGAGGCUACUUUGAUACAUAUUUCACUUGUAAUAUGUAAUCUAGCUCUGCUGAACUUUCUCAGGAUGUUAGUAUUUAUUUAAAAUAAUUAUUAUUAUUCAUAAUUAUCUGUUAGCAAAUUAAAAUGCACAUAUUCACUUGUACAUGAGCCACAACAUGCACAUGAUUUUGAAUUUAAUAGUAUUAUUUAUUUAUG